GCGAGACCGCCAGUUCAGACCGACCUCGCUCACGAACCCACGCUGACUCCCACCGCCGCAGUCAGCCUCAACGACUUCCGCCUGAUGGAAGUCGUCGGCCGAGGCGCUUUUGGAAAGGUACGCAUCGUCGAGCGCAAGGAUACUAACCUGUCCUUUGCCCUCAAGUACAUACGCAAGGAUGAAGUCGUACGAUCCGAGAGCGUACGAAACAUCAUCCGCGAGCGGCGGAUGCUCGAAUGCCUCAACCACCCCUUCAUUUGCAACUUGAGAUACAGCUUCCAGGAUAUCGAGUACAUGUACCUUGUGGUUGACUUGAUGACCGGCGGUGAUUUGCGAUUCCACAUCUCCAGAAAGACCUUUACCGAGGAGGCGGUCAGGUUCUGGAUCGCCGAGCUGGGGUGCGCCCUGAGGUAUAUCCACAGCCAGAACAUCAUCCACAGAGAUAUCAAGCCCGCCAACGUCCUUCUCGACGCCGACGGCCACGUCCACUUGACCGAUUUUAAUAUGUCCUCGGACGUCGUCGCUGGCAGGACUCUGACGAGCAAGUCCGGUACUCUAGCCUAUCUUGCCCCCGAAGUAUAUGCUGGAAAGGGAUACGAUGUCCGCGCGGAUUGGUGGUCACUGGGUGUCCUGUUCUAUGAGUGUAUCUACAACAAGCGACCCUUUGUCGGUGGCUCCAAAGGCUCCCUCAGCUCGAAAAUCCAGACCGCCAACCCCGAGUACCCCGUCACACAGCCAGCCGUGUCGCUCGCCUGCCUCGAUGCGAUCGGCUCCGCCCUCGACCCCAACCGAGACACUCGCAUGGGUUCGACAUGGGACAGUUUCGCCAAUCACGAAUUCUUCAAGGUCUUCGACUUUGAGCUUCUCGAGCAGAAGCGGAUCGAGCCCAUCUUUGUUCCCUGCUCCCACAAAACCAACUUCGACAUCACCCACCAUGUGGAAGAACUGCUCUUGCAGGAAGCGCCGCUCGAGGCCCGAGCAAGACGCCAGAAGCCGAGAGAGCCAUUAAUGGAGGAUGCGACCGAUAAGGAGAUCCGCGAGGAUGAGCUAUAUCAGAUGAUUGAUACCGACUUUCGGCCGUUUGACUACACUGUGGCUGCAUACAAGAAGACCACUGAAGCCAUCAGAGGCCUUGAUGAUGCGCAACCCGACCCGGACAUCGCUCUUCAGGCCAUCACGACUGACGAGACUACCCCUAUGCCGGCCCCUCCCUCCCGGUACCAGAAAGACUUCCCAAACCGUCACCACCCAGCGCUCCUAAUAGUCCAAUCAGUCCGUCUGGACACCUCAGACUGCCCAUUUAGUCCGUUUGACUUGGCUAGACUAAACUAGCAGUCCGUUUGACUUUGGUCAGACUGGACUAGCAGUCUGACUGAGAUGUGCAGACUGGACUGGCAGUCUAACCGAGAUGUGCAGACUGGACUGGCAGUCUAACCGAGAUAUGCAGACUGAACUAUCGGUCCGUCCGUCACCGUCACCCCAGACUGCAGUGCAAACUGCGGUC